UCAGACUAACAAGGACUUUUUGAGUGGAACGAGAAAGAGACUUGAAAAAAUAUUAGCUCUCGUUCUAACUUUGAAAUUACAGAUCUAAUAAGUUCUCGUUCUUUUUUUUUUUUCAAACUAGAGAUACUAGUUGCUCUUCUUCUUCUUUUGUUUAAGGCCAUGGACAAUGAGCAAGUGUCUGUGUCAUUACCUUUGAUCCACGAGCACCGUAUGGUGACUUGGAAUGAUUUGCGGAGAGGUGAUUGUUGUGAACGCUUCGAAUUUGUCAGUGAUGGCUACUACUGCAAAAGCUGUGAUUUUUUCGCACACAAGAAAUGUGCAGAGUCCUUUGAAUCUAUUGAACAUCCAUCUCACUCUAGUCAUGCUCUUAAUCUGUGUAAUACAACUCACAUAUGUGACUUGUGUGAAAGGGCUAUCCCCGGUCUAGGCUAUCGUUGUGGGAUUUGUAACUUCAACAUUCAUCUAUGUUGUGCCACGUCCCCACUACCAGAAGUUAUUGAUGUUCCCGAAUAGCAUCACCACAAACUCACCUUUCUCAAGGAGCGAACCGUGUUUGAUUGUGAUGCAUGUGGCAAGAUUGGAGAUGAGUUUCCUUACAAAUGUCAUGAAUGUCAUUUAACCUUCCAUAUCGAUUGUGCAUGGCAUCCAUCUGGAGAACACCAGUCAGAGGUAAACAACCCUUACCACUCAUGGCAUCCUCUUAAGCUCCUAACAGGUAACCCACCAGACUAUUCUGAUGGUAAAUGUCGUCUUUGUGCAAGAAAUAUUGAUAAGUUCUUUUAUCAUUGUUCUUUUUGUAACUUCACCUUGGAUAUGCGUUGUGUUUUAAACCCACCACCACAAUCUCUUCUAGACUUGAAAGUUCAUCAUCACCAGCUAACCCUUCUCCCAAGACUUCGUUCUUUUACAUGUAAUGCUUGUGGGUUGAAUGGAGAUCGAAGCCCCUACAUAUGUGUUCAAUGCGAUUUCAUGAUCCAUCAAGACUGUCUCACCCUUCCGCGCAUCAUAAACAUUAAUCGGCAUGAUCAUCGUAUUUCUCGCACUUCUAUUCUUGGUGUUGUUAAUUCUGUUUGUGGAGUUUGUCGCAAAAAGGUGGAUUGGACUUGUGGGGGGUAUUCUUGUCAGAAGUGUCCUCAAUAUGUCGUUCAUUCAAACUGCGCUACUAGAAAUGAUAUAUGGAACGGGAAAGAACUCGAAGAAAUACCUGAAGAAACAGAAGAUAUAGAGCCAUAUGUUGUAAUAGAUGACAAGACAAUACAACAUAUCAGCCACAAAGAGCAUUACCUAAGACUCAAUGGUAAAGGUCUUAUGUGGGAGGGAAACAAGCUUUGCAAUGCAUGCACGCAUCCCAUCUCUCUCCAAUCCUUCUAUGGUUGUAUGGAUUGUGAGUUCAUUCUCCAUAAGAGCUGCGCUCAAGCUCCUAGAAAGAAAUGGCAUAUGUUACAUAAUGAACGGCUGACUUUAGUUACAAGCAAGGCCAACUCCUUUCAUUGUAGUGCUUCUCAAAGAAUGUCCAAUGGUUUCAUGUAUCAGGAUGGGUAUAAGGAAUUCGAUGUCUGUUGUAUUUCAGUUUCUGAGCCAUUUGUCCAUCCAAGUCAUCCCCAUCAUGCCUUAUAUUACACUUCUCCACAUGAAAGAGGACGAUGCGAUGGUUGCAACACGGAGACAUUUGGUGUGCUAAGAUGCAUUGAAGAUGGUUGUGAAUUUACCUUGGACUUCAAAUGCGCUACUUUACCACUAGUGGUAAAGCAUAGAGUCGAGGCUCAUCCUCUCUCACUAUGCUAUGGUGAAAAGGCGAGUGGUAAAUAUUGGUGUGACAUUUGUGAGAAAGAAACCAAUCCAAAGACAUGGUUCUACACGAGUACAGAUCACCAAGCUAGUUUGCAUAUAAAGUGUGUGCUCGGAGAUUUUGCACGGCUCAUUCCAAGCGGCACAGUGGAACUUAUGUAUACAUCAUAUGAGGUGGAGCUCAAUAAUAGUAUGUCUCGCCCAUUUUGCAGUUGGUGUAGGUCUCGCUGCAUUCACCCUAUCAUCUUGAAGCUGCUUAGAUACUCUAUAUACUACUAUUGCUCUACUGGCUGCAUUGGUCGUGAAUUUGAAAAUGCUCACUACGACUAUAGAUCAUAUGACGACGAUGACUAGCGAGUGGAGUGAAGAAAGAUUGCUAAAGCCCAAAAAUGAAAUGAAGUACGUACACCAAAGCCCUGAUUUUGUUUUAUUAUUUCUUUUACAAGUUCAUUUCUUUUCUUCGUUUAUUUCCUUAAUGUAUUAUUUAUCUAAGAGACUUGCAAUCUUAAUUUGAUA